UGCGCACUAGGGAGAUGACGCUUCACACUUUACUUCCCGCGCGAUUUCUCACUCUCGUCGCACACCUUGUCAUUACGAUCACGAUUUUUUAUUCUAGGGAGGAAAAUGUGAGGUCGUGUUUACCACGUGAUCACACUGAUGAUGAGAGGAGAAAGAAAGAUACAGAGAUUGUCAUUGCGCUGUCUCUCACAUUAGCUUGCUUUGUCGUCGAGUUGAUUGGAUUUCUCAGCGGAGUCUCAAUGUUUAGCCCUAAUGUCACUCUUUUCUGUAUGUCACACACACACACACACACACACACACACACACACACACGCACGCACACGCACACACACACACACACUCACUCGCAAGAAAACUUGUAUAUCUAA